AUGGCUGGGCUUUGUGAGGGAGAGCGUGGGGUGAUUUUGGUGACAUGCCUGGGAGCCUACUUUCUGUCCAUGGCCAUGAUCUAUCAGAUGAGCCCAUUCUUCGAGGUCUACGCGCGUGAAACCUGCGGUGCCAGCAACCUGACUGUGGGCUUCAUCUUUGCUGCCAUGCCUGCCAGCAGCUUCGUCGGAAAUCUGGCCAUGGAUGUUAUGAUCAAAAGAUAUGGAGUGGAAGUGAUGAUGAACUGUGGACUCGUCGGCUUGGCUGCAAGUUCCUUGGGUUUCGGCUUGUCCCGGUCAGUGGUGGGCUGGAUCUGCUGGCGAGCUGUGCAGGGGCUGGCCACCGCCCCCAUCUACACCUCCAUCAGCACCCACCUUGCGCGCACCUUCACUGGAGAGGGCGAGUUCCACCGUGUGGUUGGCUUCCAGGAGGUCUGUGGCAAUGUAGGUGUGACUUUUGGCCCGUUGCUGGGCGGCGUGCUCUUCCAAUAUGGUGGCUUUGCGAUGCCCUUCAUCCUCAGUGCGGGUUUACACCUGCUCUUUGUCGCCAUAUCUUUGGUGGCUUUCCUGUGCAAGGCGGAGACAAAGACCAGCCAGGCUCUCGAAGCAGCUGAGUCUGAAACUACAGACGGCUUGGAAUCUGGGCCAUCGGAAGACAUGACCAUGACCCUCUGCUCGGUGGUUAGUGUUCGGCUCCUGCUCCUGGCCGGCAUCUCCACCUUGUGCCUGGGGGUGUGGGGUGCCUUCGAGCCUUUGCUAGGAGAUCAUUUCAUCAGAGUCCUGGGUGGAAUUGACCAUACCAGCAUCGGCUUCCUGAUGUCACUGUCAGCAGUGCCUAGCACCUUUGCAGCCAUGGCAGUGCCCUCGUUGUUGAAGUGCAUACAAGCCAAGUGGCUUAUGGCCGGGGGCUUGCUGAUCUAUGCCUGCGGGUCGUUUUGGGUUGGCAGUUGGGUGCUUCUGACACCCUGGGUCUCUCAGAUUGGUGGUCUUCUCCUGAUCGGCUUGGGCUGGGGUCUUUGUUGGACCCCGGUGUUGCCCAGCAUGGUGGAUUCGGCGGCGAGUCAGUUGAAGGAUACUCCGAAGGAGCAGGCUAGGCAUUCCGUCUCGCCGGCAGUGUCCUCCAUUUUCAAUGCGUCCGCUGCCGUGGGAGAGGCUGCAGGGCCCUUGCUGGGCACCUGGCUGCUGCCAGGCAACUUCCAGCUUGGCCCCAAGAUCAUUGCCCUCUUCUUGGUGAUCUAUGCGGCCUGCACCUAUUGCAGUGACCCAGGUAGCUCAAGUGAAGAGGUGCCCGCUGAGGUGCCAACACAGACCCGCUUGCGUUCGGCGCUCCCAAGUGCGGAGAGUCAUGAGAGCUAG